AUGAGUGGUUCUACAAAGACUUCACCGGUGAAGAAAGCAACAAAACAAGCUGGAUCGAGCGAAAAGGUGGCAAAUAAUGAUAAAACUGAUACGGUUAGUAAUGGCAAUAUAACGAAAGACCAAAAUGCAAAUGAAGCAGAAGAACCAGAUCAUUCAAUUUUAUCAGAUCCAGAAGACUAUUUGGAAGAAAAUGAAUCGUUGGAUAUGAAUUUGACCAAUGGAGAACAAAAAGUUUGGUUAGUUAAGCUUCCUAGAUAUUUGGCAGAGAAAUGGUCCAAUAUAGACGAGUUGAGCGGACAGCAGUUGGGUAGAGUUAAGAUCAAGCAAUCAGGACGUACUGGGAACAAUAGCGGAAAGUUACAAGUAAAAUUGGUUCUCAAUGAAUCAGCUAUGAACGAAGACAUACCCCAUGAAUAUGACAUAUCUAUGUUAAACACGCAAGUGCGUAAUUCAUAUGUAUUCAGCGAAGAAAACUUAACCAAAUUCAAGCAGGAAUUGACUGAAGUAGCCGAUAUGCCAGAGCAGCCAUCGUUGCAACCGGUCGAUAAGAAGAAGAUGCAAAAUAAGCCACAGAAAUUUUUCAGAAUCCAGAAGAAUAAAGAGGGCCAGGAUGGUAAGCCGGUCAAAAAGUUCGUUCCAUAUGUAAAAACAAUUCCAAAGAAAACAGCAUUAGCAGGUAAGGUUUGCCACGAUUGUCAAAUAAUUCCUUCCAAGAGUGACAAUAAAUAUUCGCAAGUUACCAUGAAGAGACAAAAUAUUCAACCAUCGAAGCCUAGACCUAAAGUUACAUUAUUGGAUGAAAUUCCUGGGGUUGUGCAAUCUAAUGCUGGGCCUUCGAUUAAAGGUAACAAUACUUCUGUGUUCUUGAAAUCUAACCCUGCCAAGAGCAAGAAUGGUGAAGGAAGAGCUAUUAGAAUGCCUAAGAAGGAUUUGUUAGACUUGUUGUUCAGAUUAUUCGAAGAGUACGAAUAUUGGUCCAUGAAGGGAUUGAAGGAACGAACCAGACAGCCAGAAUCAUACUUAAAAGAAAGUUUGGACUCUAUUGCUAACUUGAUCAAAAAGGGGCCCUACACAUCAAAAUAUAAUUUGAAACCAGAAUAUAGAAGAUUACGGGACGCCGAAAGAGCUGCCAGAUUGGGAUUGGUUAUAAAUGAGGAAAACGAAGAAAAGGAGGAGGAAGAAGAAGACAUUGAAAUGGAAGAUGUUAUUUAG